GUUCCAAAUUUCCAAUUGAUCCCUUCGCGUCUUUAUAAACCCCAAAGCCCCUCCCUCCUCAAACCUCCUCAUCUUCUUCUUUUUUCUCUUCCUCCCACCACCGCUCUCAGCCAUGGAAAUCCCAGUGCUCAAUAGAAUUACAGAUCUUCCUUCCCGCCUGACCUCCUUGCCGGACCCAUCUUUUCUUUCCCAGAGUUUAUCGAUUCCCGGAAUCCAAAACGUCUCUCAAGCUUACAGUUUCUGGAAAUGGGGAGCUCUAAUCCUCGCAAUUCUUGCUUCCUUCGGCACCCUCAUCACUAAAAUCAACAUUUUUGCCAUCAGUCUCCGCCGCCUCCGGUUAUUGGCCCCGCAGCCGCUUUCCCAGCAGCGCCACGACGGCGAUUACUCCGACGUCAGCGAUGACGACGAUAUCUGCUCUGUUUCGUCAGCUUCCUCCGUAUCCGAUGACGAAUCGGAAUCCGAAAUAUCGUACGACGACGAAAGCAGAACGAUUGGGAGAGAUGAACAUUUCCACGUCAGAGGCUCUGGGUAUUACGGCGACGACGGAGAGCAGAAUCGUAACUUGGGACUCCGCCUCCGCAGAAGCUUCGGAGGCCAUCGAUUCUCAUGGUCUGACUUCGCGGCCGGCAAAAGCGUCGUCAAGCUCUGGGACUCGUCGUCUCCGUCUACGUUUCUGUCUGCUGACUCGGGCGUGUCGGGGCGCGUGUCGCUAGGUGUUUGGGACGCGCGCGUCGGAUGUCGGAUUCCGGCGAUACUCGCUGAUUGGGGCCCGCAGCUCGGGAGAAUGGUUGGAGUGGCGUCAGGCGUCGACGAUAAGGUUUACGUCAAGGAUGGCGUAACCGGUAAAGUGACGAUUGGUGACGUGAGGAAAGUGGCGUCGCCGUUAGGGAAUGUAACGGGAGCAGACUUGGAUGAUACGUGGUGGGACGCUGACGGGGUUGUUGUGACGGACGAGCGUUUUGACGAGUCAGCCAUGCGUGGAUGUGACUCGGCCGUCACGCGGUGCUGUAGCGCUGUUAGGUCUUAUCUGUUGUAAAUCAUAGUUAAAGGACAACGAAAAUCAAAUAAUGCAAGGUCAUUAUUUUGUAAAUAUAGCCUUAAUAUUAUUUACCUGGAUUUACCAUUUUUUGACUUUUCAAUUUGGUUUUCUUAGUAGCUUCUUAGUAGCCUCCUCUUCCGGUGAAGGCUGCGACAGCGGAGUCGUUAAUCUUCUUUGCCAGUUGUUUUGGUUGUUAAUUGUUAAACAAGUAUAAACGAUAAAUUUAAAACCU